GGACUGAAGUGAAACUUGAGUUAUUCGGGUGGGUUUUAUCGUUCAACACGACAUGCAUUAUCACCGUUAAAUUUAAAGGGCUUCGUUUCAAUGAAAAGACUUUGAGAACAGUCGACAAAACAUUCCAUCAGUAGAGACGUCUUAAUGGCCGCUAUCAGACAUAUUUUACUGUUAGUUUGCCUAGCACUCACACAGGACGUUGUUUUAUGCGGGAUUGCUUCCACGUGGGAUUACUGCGAAUGUAGAUGGAACGAUUGGAUGGCUUGGUCAGAUUGUUCUCGAUCUUGUGGUGGGGGCAGACGAUACAGGACUAGAGAGGUGUGGAUUCGAACGGACAAAUGUACGCUUGACUUCAAUAACUGCGCAACUGACGAUAUGGGUUCCGAGUAUAGCGACUGUAACACAUUCUGCUACAAUGGAGGAACGUUUUCUAGUUAUUGCGCAUGCGUGACAGGAUGGUACGGAAGCUGUUGCUCUAGCGAGGUUUCAUGUGGCGAUCCUGGUUCUGUAUCUAAUGGUUUAGUGUCGGGUUCGUUGUACACCUACGGUAAAACAGUGACGUAUUCCUGUAACACCCACUAUAAUUUGACUGGAGGAUCGUUAUCAAGGACAUGUCAAUCAAACUGGUUAUGGAAUGGAACGCAACCAAGAUGUGCAUUUGUAAACUCAUGUGCAAGCAAUCCCUGUCUGAAUGGAGGAACGUGUGUGGAUGGAUUAGACAGAUACGACUGUGCAUGUACAUCCAGUUUCAAUGGUGUCCAUUGUGAAAACGACAUUCAGCCACCAGUCAUGACAGAUUGCCCGCGUGACAUCGCUGUAUUUUCUAAAGAACCAACGGUGUUUGUCAACUGGACGACGCCAUCUUUCUUUGACCCUUUGGGUACAAACAUACAAGUGACGACGAAUUAUCCUGCCGGCAGCGGGACGUUUCCUUGGGGAGAUUUCAUCGCCCAGUACGUCGCACUGAAACCGUCUAAUGGUCUUCGAACGGAAUGCACAUUCAAUAUCACAAUUAGACCCCAUCCGUGCCCAGAAUUGAAUGUUCCCGUCAAUGGAGCCCGCGUUUGUAACGGAUGGAAGACUGAUUUUGGUCAGUUCUGUCAGGUAUAUUGUGGCGGGAAUUACAGCCUCGGUUUACAGUAUGAUCACAGUCAGUGGUACGUCUGCGGAGCUAGCGGGAACUGGAUUGCUGGCGGUCCUCUCCCGAACUGCACAGAUCUGAUUCUGACGUCACAGGUUUUGGGAUCCGAUACAAGUUAUCGAUUCAACGAUUGCACAGACUCUGAUGAAAUCGAAAAGAUCCAAGAAAAUUAUAUGGAGAAACUACGGACAUCCAACUAUAAUUACUUCUGUGACACGUAUGGUGGUCUUUGUACUGAGAAAAACGUAGAAGUCACCUGUUGACUUGUUCUCAAUGGCUACAAAGAAGGACAAAGGGACAUAAAUUGAUCGGUUUUACGCUGUAAGAGGAUUGAAUUACAUAACUAUUAUUAUUAUUAUCAAUAAUAUAGUAUCUAAAUUUGUGCCAUGAAAUAACUCAUUUUACAUGAAAUAUUGAACACUGUACCGGAUAAUUAUGCCAGUGCCAAGGUGGCAUUUUUGCACCCGCUUAAGCUACAUAUAUUGAAAAAUUCAAAUCUGCCAUAUGAUAGACCAUUGCUUAAAGAGUUAACAACCACCUUUGUUAUCAUUGUAUCUCACUUAUCAGGUGAGAUAUUUACCUUCAAAAAUAAAUUCCCAUAGGAAAAUAAUUUUUCCCAUAGGAAAAACAAUAUUCCUAUAGGUAAUUUGAAAUUUCCUAGAUAGGAUUUGAUAAAAUCCGAUAGGAAAACUUAAUAUCCUAUAGGAAAACUACAGGUCUGAAUCAAAUUCCUAGAGGAAAUACCAUUCUCCUAUAGGAAAUAUAAUUCCUAUAAAUCCUUUAAAAAAUCCUAUAGGAUUGUCAAUAUUUCCUGUAGGAGAAUCAAUUCUCCUAUGGAAAUUAUCAUUUUCCGAUGGGAUAUUAAUUUUUAAAGGUAAAUAUCUCACCUGUCAGGUGAAACACACUAAAAACAAAAGUGGUUAUAUACUCUCUAGAAAAUGGUCUAUCAUUUGGUAUACAUGGAUAUUUCCGAAACUGCAUCUUAAGCGGGUGCAAAAAUGCCACCUUGGCACUGGCAUAAUUAUCCGGCACAGUGUUAUUGGGGUGUUAUUGUUUACUUGGAAGUUUAUACAGUGCUCAUGCAUUUAAUUUGCAUUUAAUUUGCAUUUAAUUUUAGAUGUUUGGGGGUAUUUUUAAAAGCAACUUUAUUUAAUAUGCAAACUUAUACUAAUAAAGUUUAAUUAGACAAUGAACAAAGAAAUACGUGUUAAUACAAAACAAUACAGUAAUAAUAAACAAAAAUAAUGCUAGAA